UCAAUUCAAAGGUGUCGUAAAACCAACUUUUGGGAUCUGCCCCUUGCUCUGUUGCAGUGCUAACGAAGAUCACAGUUCUGUGUGAGCGGUUUGAAUAUUGAAGUUUAUAUUGAAGCUUUCGAAAUUGUUUUUGGGCUGGCUAGGCACUAGUUCAGUUUCUGGUGAAGAUGAAGAUUGCGACGGUUUCCUUUUUCUUGAUUCUGGCUCUCAUUGGAAAAACGGCAUCUCUGAAAUGCUAUCGGUGCUCCUGGCAAACGUAUGAAGGGAAGGAGUAUGGACCUGUUGCUUGUAAGAGUCCCUUCAGUGCAAACAGCACACGAGUUACUGAAGAGAUUUGUAGACAAAAUUACCAGUGCCGUAAAGAAACUUCAGCUGUGUCUGGGAGUGACGUCAUCACACGGGUCAGCCGAGGCUGCACGCCGACAUGUGAGGAGAAAUGUAUGGAUGGCACCUUCCUUGGAUCCGCAGUGAAGAUCUGCUCAUCCUGCUGCUCUUCUGACCUGUGCAACCACGCAGGUCCAGUGACCCUUGACCUCGUCGCCAUGACAGUUUUGGUGAUCGCAACCAUCGUAACAGUUUUCUAGUAUCCAACCUGUUCACAAUCACACAAAAACUCAAGAUAAAAAUAUCAUUUCUGAUCAAGUUCAAAACCUUAAUGUGGAGUUUUUUUUUCAAACGUUUGCCAUUUGUGUUGUAGAAAUUGCAGUUUUUCACGUCAGAUUAAAGAAAUUCAAAAGUUGAGUUGACUUAAAAUGCAUUAAAUGCUUUUAAAACUAUUGUUUAAAAAAAUAAUUCCAAAACUUGCUUAAACGUUUUGAAAAUAGAGGAAACACACAAAUUUAGAAAGGUUUCGUCUUCGCUAUUUCUUUAUUGUUUACUGGUCAUAUUUUAAAGGUACUGGCCACAAUUUGUGUAGACAAUGUACAUAAAUAUUGUCCUUUGACGAUCUUCCCAACCAUUGUCAUUCCAUUGUAAACGCGUUAUCGAGCCAAAAUGGCGCAUUUGUUCAAAAGCGUUCCUUUAACCGGAAAACAGUUCUCCCCCCAAAAAAAAGAAGAAGAAGAAAGAGAAUGUAAUGUAAAAAGACGAACUCAGGCAGAAAGAACAUGAAAAGCUGAACACUGAACAUUUACAAUACAGUUUUGGCUGACUCAAUCGCAAAGACUUUGGAGUCUAGUCAGUGCGUUUACUCAUGUAGUAACUUCCUCGCCAAAUAAUUGUUUAUUACUACACAUUUGUUUGUCCGAUUUAACAAUAUAAUGUUGAAUAAAUACAUAAACCCUUUCUGUAAAUUAUAAAGUAAGAUUUUCUUUCCUAAGUUGGACCCCAUUUGACAUUAAG